AUGAGCCUGCCAAAAGCUUUCGCCUCGCCCGAAGAAUACUUCGAAGAAUGCUUCGACUUCUUCACAAAAUACAAAUUCGUCCUCGACGGAAUGAAUACUGACAUACUGAUCAACAAUACCUUGGAUAAUAUAAAUAUUCCUUGCUUGGAAUUCUUGGAUGUAUAUGACGAAAAUUUCACCUUACACGAUGGUAUAAACGACGGGUUUGUUAGAGAUUUUUGUAUGGGAUUGGAGAGAUUAAACGUGAGCUAUGGGGAGGUAAAAGAAAGGGCUAACAGUGUGGAUUUGGAAGCUCCGGUUGGAACUAAGAAGAAGUAUGAAGUGGCGACACUAGCGAAGGAGGUUGAAGACUUGUGUUACAUCUAUGGGUGUGACACGGUCAUUGACAUCGGAUCUGGGUUGGGCUACCUCGACCAGAUAUUCUACGAAGCGACCGGCCACAACGUUCUCGGUCUGGAAUGUAACUUGAGCCACUACGCACGAGCGGUCGAUCGUCAAAUGAAAUACCACGACAGAUCCCUCAAAAACGUCAUAUACCUCCAUCACCGAGUCACCAAAAACUCCGGUCAAGAAAUAGAGCAGAACCUUCGCGAUUACUUCAGGAAUCAUGGAGCUGUGUGCAUAACUGGUCUGCAUUCGUGUGGCGAUUUGGCAGUCGAAGGCAUGAGCGUGUUUUUCAAAAUGGAAGAUGCCAGGACGUUGAUAAUGAUGCCUUGUUGUUAUCACAAGAUGGAAAGGAGAGGGGAGCGCUUCGUGAAUUUCCCUAUGAGUGGGGUCUUAAAGGCGGUGUUUGAGAGACGGGAUGGGGAAGAACUAUUGGGUGUACCAUUCAUGAGGCUGGCUGCUCAUCCGACACAUAAUGGCAGGAGUUUGGAGCAGAUGGUGUUUAGUCUGAUGUCGAGGGCGGUGCUGCAGCUGUAUGCUUUUACGAAUAAAUGCAAAGUCAGCAGAAACCGUCGGAAAGCAGUCAAAGUGAAGAAAUGCGACACUUUUGAAGAUUACAUAACGCAAGCAGCGACGGAAGGCUUUACAUUGGUGCCAAACCUCCCCAUAUAUGGCGACAUGCCAAUAUCAGAUGAAGAUGAGCACCAUCAAAGAAUAAAUAACUUUGAUUUGGACAAACUAAGAGCUUUAUGGCAGAGUUACCCACAAUUGAAAUUUAAAAAGGCUGCUGUGUAUAUUUUAAUGCAAAACCUGAUGCAACCGGUGGUGGAAAACUUUCUUCUGUACGAUCGGUUGCUGUAUUUGAAAGAAAUGGGCGUGCAAAACUGCGAACAUAGGAAGUUUUUCAAUGAAGGACAGUCGCCCAGGUGUAUAGCGUUGAUUGCGGCGAAAGAAACCACAUAA